AACAAGGUCAUACAAAAAAACAGAACAUAAACUAAAAAGUCAGAGCUAAGUCUGAAAAGGGUUUAGACCGUAGAGAACCAGAACCGGAGAAGGAACUGUCGAGUCUCAGAUUGAGACGAAGGAUAGGGGACUUUGCUCAAGUUAAUUUGGAUGAUCUCGUCCGCAAAUACAUGCACUUCUCCACCAUUUUCCAAAGCUCCGUCAAGCUACUCCACUCUCUCCCCCGACCACGACCACGACCAAGACCCAGAAGCCCCACCAGUCGCUUCUUCCGAAAACCAAAACUCGUGAAAACACAAACCCCAGAGCCCAGAGUCUACACAAGAGACACCGUAUCCAACAUCUACAACAUCCUCAAGUACUCCACCUGGGACUCCGCUCGAUCCCACCUCCCACACCUCCCAAUCAAAUGGGACUCUCACAUAAUCAACCGCGUCUUGAAAUCUCACCCUCCGAUGCAGAAAGCCUGGCUCUUUUUCAACUGGGCCUCCGAGAUCAAAGGCUUCAAGCACGACCACUUCACUUACACCACCAUGCUCGACAUCUUCGGCGAAGCGGGUCGGAUCCAGUCCAUGUACUCUGUUUUCCGCCUCAUGAAGGAGAAGGGUGUGGCGAUCGAUACGGUGACGUAUACUUCGAUGAUUCACUGGGUUUCGAGCUCGGGGGAUGUGGACGAAGCCGUGAGGCUGUGGAAGGAGAUGAGGGGUAGUGGGUGCGAGCCUACCGUCGUGACGUACACGGCUUACAUGAAGAUGCUUUUCGAUGGUGGGAGGGUGGAGGAGGCGACGGAGGUGUAUAGGGAGAUGUUGCGGUCGAGGGUUUCUCCUAAUUGUCACACUUAUACGGUGUUGAUGGAGUUUCUUGUAGGCAACGGAAAAUGUGGUGAAGCCUUAGACAUUUUCUUUAAAAUGCAAGAGAUCGGUGUGCAGCCAGAUAAAGCAGCUUGUAAUAUUCUGAUUGGGAAAGCUUGUAAGGUCGGUGAAACGUCUUUCAUGGCUCGGAUUCUUGUAUACAUGAAAGAAAACGGGAUUGUUCUUCGUUACCCUGUAUUUCUCGAGGCUUUAGAGACUCUGAAAGCUGCAGGUCAAAGUGACCAUCUGUUGAGACGAGUCAAUUCGCAUAUUACUGCUGAAUCUUUGUGGGAAGUUGAUGACAUGGAAAGUUCAGAUGAUAGUAGAAUUAUCAGCUCUGUUCUCUUGAUGAAGCAGAGUCUUGUUGCAGUUGAUCAUCUACUUAACCAGAUGAAAGAUAGAAACGUAAAGUUGGAUUCUUCUGUUGUUUCAGCAGUCGUUGAAGCAAACUGUGGCCGUUGUAGAACCGAGGGGGCUUCGUUGGCCCUUGAUUACAGCUCGGAAAUGGGGAUUCAUCUCGAGAAGUCAGCGUAUCUUGCGUUGGUUGGUUACUUUCUGAGAGAAAACGAGCUUGGUAAAGUUAUCGAAGCAGUAAAGGAGAUGGUGAAAGCCCAUCACUCUCUUGGUGUGUACCAAGGAGCAACGUUGAUCCACAGGCUUGGGUUUGGCAGAAGACCUCGCUUAGCUGCAGAGGUUUUCGACUUGUUUCCUGAUGAUCAAAAGGGCGUAGCUGCUUACACUGCGCUGAUGGAUGUUUAUAUCUCAGCAGGGAGUCCAGAGAAAGCAAUGAAGAUAUUGGAAGAGAUGAGAGAACGUGAGAUCGUGCCUUCGCUGGGGACGUACGAUGUUCUCUUGUCUGGUCUUGAGAAAACCAGUGACUUCCAGAGAGAAGCAGCGUCGUUGAAGAAGGAGAAGAAGAGUCUUGUUGCUAAUGGCCGUUACCGGGAAAGUGUUGAUGUUGAAGAGAAAGUCUGUGAUCUUCUGUUUGGUAGAUAUCUGUAAUCUAAUUGCAUGUGAAGUCAACAGACAUGUUUUAACAAAGCCCUUUAGCCACAAGUGUAGGUUCUCCUCAGGUUCGUGCAGUUUCUCAAAGCAUAACCACAAGUGUGCUCUCUAUGCUAAUGACCCGAGUUAGUUUAGUUGAGGUUGAGUUAUUAGGGAUCGUUUGAUCAGUAGACGACUAUUAUGAAUCCCAGAAGUUCAUGUGUUGUAAGCUUCCAACUAUUGAGAUUCACUAAAUUUAAUUUAAACCAUUAAAGGUUUGUUGAAA